GGACCCAGGUGGGCUUUUAUGUAACCGAGAAUUUAUGCUACAGUAGAGUGAAUGGGAAGGGGUGGAGUGUAGACCUGGAAAGGGAACUCUGCUUUCUAGAUGCUUCACAGAAGAGGAGAAAGAUUGGGUGAUGGUUAGGGAAGACCAAUGGUCAAGGGAGGCUUUUGUUUUCGAUAUGAUUCUUGUGAAAUAUCCCAUGUCUCAAAGAAUUAUCAAGUCGACAUAUGGUUAGAAGAAUAAAUGAGCACCACUGACCCACGACCAGAGAGAAAACCAGGACUUCCCCCCAACCCCUCCCAUGCACAUCUCCUUCCUGCCCCUCAAAGAAAUUGGUGUGUUAGCCAAGGCUUUCAUCGACCAAGGGAAACUCAUCCCAGAUGAUGUCAUGACUCGGCUGGCCCUUCAUGAGCUGAAAAAUCUCACCCAGUAUAGCUGGCUGUUGGAUGGUUUUCCAAGGACAGUUCCACAGGCAGAAGCCCUAGAUAAAGUUCAUCAGAUAGACACAGUGAUUAACCUGAAUGUGCCCUUUGAGGUCAUUAAACAACGUCUCACUGCUCGCUGGAUUCAUCCAGCCAGUGGCCGCGUCUACAACAUUGAAUUCAACCCUCCCAAAACUGUGGGCAUUGAUGAUGUGACUGGGGAGCCUCUCGUUCAGCGUGAGGAUGACCGACCAGAGACGGUUAUCAAGAGACUGAAGGCUUAUGAAGCCCAAACGAAGCCAGUCCUGGAAUAUUACCAGAAAAAAGGGGUGUUGGAAACAUUCUCCGGAACAGAAACCAACAAGAUUUGGCCCCACGUAUAUGCUUUCCUGCAAACUAAAGUUCCACAAACAAACCAGAAAGCCUCAGUUACUCCAUGAGGAGAAAUGUGUAUAACUAGUAAGAUGAGCAAAACCUUCUUGUCCUUGCA